AUUUGAGUUUUGGUUCCUCAAAUGUUUUCUCAGCGCUUCCCAUUAAAGGGCUAGCACAGAGGCUCAGCCACACAUUCUCCUUCCUUCUAAGUGGGACUCCGGACAAGCCUCUCAAAAAUGGCAGCCCAGGAGGCGGCCCAGGAGGAUAAGAUUUCCGAGUUUGAUUUUGCUUUGCUCCCGGAGCUGUCUGCUUUUCUAGGCAUAGAUGCAGUUCAGUUCGCCAAAGAAAUGGAAGAAGGAUUUCAGAAGGAACGAGAAAAAAUGCAGAAAGGCUUUAACUCACACAUGCGCAGUGAAGCAAAAAGGUUGAAGAGUUUUGUGACCUAUGAGCACUACAGCUCAUGGACGCCACAGGAGAUGGCAGCAGCCGGGUUUUAUUUCACUGGUGUAAAAUCUGGGAUUCAGUGCUUCUGCUGCAGCUUAAUCCUCUUUGGUGCCCACAUCCACAGACUCCCCAUAGAACUUCACAAGAAGUUUCGUCCACGUUGUGAGUUCCUUUUGGGCAAAGAUGUUGGUAACGUUGGCAAGUAUGAUAUAAGAGUCAAGAAUCCAGAGAACAUGCUGAGAGGCGACAAAGCAAGGUACCAGGAAGACAGGGCCAGACUCGAAUCCUUCCAGAACUGGCCAUUUUACGUGCAAGCGGUAUCCGUGAGGGACCUCUCAGCUGCUGGCUUUGUCUUUACAGGUAAACGGGACACUGUGCAGUGUUUUUCCUGUGGUGGAUGUUUAGGAAACUGGGAAGAGGGAGACGAUCCUUGGAAGGAACAUGCCAAGUGGUUCCCCAAAUGUGAAUUUCUUCAAAGUAAGAAAUCCUCAGAGGAAAUUGCACAGUAUAUCCAAAGCUACAAGGGAUUUGUUGGUGUCACGGGAGAACACUUUGUGAAUUCCUGGGUCAAGAGAGAGUUACCUAUGGUGUCAGCGUAUUGCAAUGACAGCAUCUUUGCUAAUGAAGGACUACGACUGGAAUCUUUUAAGAACUGGCCCCAUGCAUUCCCUGCAGGAGUUUCAGCUCUGGUCAGAGCAGGUCUUCUCUAUACAGCUUUGCGGUGCCUACAAGGGUCCAAGAGUAGAAGGAAGAUGAUGGAUGCUCCAUUUCUAUUUCAAUCAUUUGGCACGAAGGACAUCGUCCAGUGUUUCUUCUGCGGAGGAUGUAUGGAGAACUGGAAGGAAGGUGAUGACCCAUUAGAAGAUCAUGCCAAAUAUUUUCCCAAUUGUCAGUUUCUCCAAAAUCUGAAGUCCUGUGCAGAAGGGAUUCCAGAUGAUCACAACCACUGUGAACUUUCUGAAUUAACGGACACCACAAGUGAAAGCUAUGGUGAAGAUUCAGCAGCAGUUAGUUCUGUAGUACCAGCAGUGGCCCAGGGUGAAGCCCAGUGGCUUCAGGAGGCGAAGAAUCUGAGCGAGCAGCUGAGAGAAUCCUAUACCAGUGCCAGUUUCCGCCACAUGUGUUUGCUUGAGGCCUCUCCCUCUCUGGCCACCGACCACUUGCUGGGUUGUGAUCUAGCCCUGGCUUUAAAACACAUCAGCAGUCCUGUGGAAGAGCCCGUGGUGUUGCCGGAGGUCUUUGCCAACUUGAACUCGGUCAUGUGUGUGGAGGGCGAAGCAAGUAGUGGAAAGACAGUCCUGCUGAAGAAAAUAGCUCUUCUAUGGGCAUCAGGAUGCUGUCCCUUGCUGAACAGGUUCCAGCUGGUCUUCUAUCUCUCCCUUAGUUCUACCAGACUGGACCAGGGGCUGGCCACCAUCAUUUGUGACCAACUCCUAAAAACGGAAGGCUCUGUCACCGAAAUGUGCCUGAGGAACAUCAUCGAGCAGUUAAAGAAUCAAGUGUUAUUCCUUUUGGAUGACUACAGAGAGAUGUGCUCAGUUCCCCAGGUCAUAGAAAAACUAAUUCAAAAAAACCACUCAAGGAGCUGCUUAUUGAUUGGUGUACAUACAAACAGGGCCAGGGACAUCCGCCGAUACCUAGACACGAUUCUGGAGAUAAAAGUGUUUCCCUUCUAUAAUACCAUGUAUUUAUUACGGAAACUCUUUUCACACGAUAUGAGUUGUCUGCGAAAGUUUAUGGUUUACUUUAGAAUGAGCGAGAAUUUGCGGGGAAUUCACAAGACUCCUCUCUUUGUAACAUCACUGUGUGCUAACUGGUUGCAGUAUCCUUUGAACAAAGCCAUUGAUGGUGUGGCUGUUUUCAAGUCGUAUAUAGAAUGCCUUUUCUUAAAGCACAAAUCUAAAGCUGAACUUGUCAGAGCAACCGUGUCCUCUUGUGGCGAGCUGGGCUUGAAAGGUUUGUUUUCAUCUUGCUUUGAGUUCAGUGACGAUGACCUUACAGAAGCAGGAAUUGAUGAAAGGGAAGAUUUAGUUUCGUGCCUGUUGAGCAAAUUCACAGCCCAGAGACUAAGACCGGUCUACCAGUUUCUAAAUCCCGCAUUCCAAGAAUUUCUUGCAGGGAAGAGGCUGAUUGAACUUCUGGAUUCUGACAGGCAAGAAGAUCAAGAUUUGGGACUUUCUUAUUUGAAACGAAUUAACUCAUCAGUGACGGCUGUAGGUCUUUACAGCAAUUUUUUGAAUUACUUCUCCUGCCACCCUUCAACAAAGGCAGGGCCAAAGAUGGUAUCUCAUUUGCUUCAUUUGGCAGAUAGUAAAGAGUCAUUGGAGAUAAUAAUGAAAAACAAUGACUACCUGAAGCACCAUCCAGAAAUUUCAGAGAAGUUGGAAUGUAUGAGGUCAGUGUGGCAGGUAUCUCCAGAAAGUUACUUUUCAAUCAUUUCAAACCAGUUACUGUCUCUUGCCAUAAAAAUUGCUUACCAAAGCCACACUGUUGCUGCCUGCUCUCCAUUUAUUUUGCAGUUCCUUCAAGGGAAAACCCUGAAUUUGGAUGUACUUAAUUUACCGUAUUUUUUUGACCACCCAGAAAGCCUAUUAUUGUUGAGGAGCAUCCAGGUCUCCAUAAGAGGAAAUGAGGUACACACACUAGAUUUGUCAAUCUUGGAAACAUGCAUAGACAAAUCACAGGCACCGACUGUUGAUCAGGACUGUGUUUCUGCCUUUGAAUCUGUGAGUGCGUGGAAGCAGGAUAUAGCUGAAAAAGAAGAAAACGUAAAGCACUUUCAGAACCUGAGACUCGCGAAACCACCAGACAUCAGUUCUGGCUAUUGGCACCUUUCUCCAAAGCAGUACAAGAUCCCCCUUCUGGAAGUGCAUGUGUCUGGAGGGGCCACUGUGAACCAGGAGAUGCUCAGGGUUCUCACAGUCAUUUUCUCGGCCUCGCAGUGCAUCGAACUCCAUUUACAAAACAGCGGGGAAUUUAUGGCCGGCAUCGGCCCUGCUCUGGAGCAGAGUAAGGACUCUGUCACCAAGUGCUCAGUGUUCUGCCUGGAGCUGAGCACAGCAGAACAGGAAUUACUUCUCACCCUGCCUGCCCUGGAGUCUCUUCAAGUCUUGGGGACAAGGCAGGUACCAGGUAAACUUUUUACUAAUUUGGACAAGUUCCUAUGCCUGAAAGAACUCUCUGUGGAUCUGCAUCAUCAACAAAAUGUUUUUGCACUCAUUCCUGAAGAAUUCUUCAAUCUCCACCACAUGGAGAAAUUACUGAUCCAAAUUUCAGCUGAGUAUAGUCCUUCUAAGCUAGUGAAAUUAAUUGAGAAUUCUCCAAACCUUCAUGUUUUUCAUCUGCAAUGUAAUUUCAUUUCGGAUUUUGAAUCUCUCAUGACUGCACUUUCUUCCUGCAAGAAACUCAAAGAAAUUAAUUUUUCUGGAUCAUUUUUCACACCCAUCCCAUUUGUCACUGCUUUGCCAAAUUUUAUUUCCCUGAAGAUACUAAGUCUUAAAAACCAACAAUUUCCUGAUAAGGAAACAUCUGAAAAAUUUGCCUACACCUUAGGUUCUCUUAACAACCUGGAAGAACUGGAACUUCCUACUGGGGAUGGGAUUCAGCAAGUGGCCAAACUGAUCAUCCAGCAAUGUCAGCAUCUUCAGUUUCUUCGAAUUCUCUCAUUGUGCCAGAUUUUGGAUGAUGACAGUGUGAUGGAAAUUGUGUUCCCCACCAAUGUAAGCAGGAACUUUCGUCUGUUUGGCUUACUGUGGUCUCCAAGCACGUAGAAGAGUACCUAGCACAUAAACAAAAGUGAAGAAAUAAUUCCUGAAAUGAAUGAUUUACCAGAACCUGCAACCACUUUCCAACGGCAUUAGGUAUCAAAAGACGUAAGAUGCAAAAAUGUCUCUGAAAGCAAAUAAGCUGCCUUCAUAACUGAAUUUAACCUGCCACACCUACUUAGGCAAUGAAAAUAUGCAGAAUGUAUAAAAUACUGGCUGACUGUCAUGAGAAAUAAAAAUCUACUCACCGGUACCAGAAAGCUUAAGCCACUGAAUAUCCCAUUCUGUGAAGGUUACUUACCAGGAAUUGAAUGUUCAUUUUAUUCAACAAAUAUGUACUGGGCAGCAACAAAUAGGUUAGGCAUAUUUAGUGUUUCCAGGCAAAAUCUCUGAAAGAAAUAGAACUUUUUAUAUUAACCUCUGCUACCACAGCUAAAAGGACUAGGAAGAAUCCCUGGUGCAUGGAUACCAAUGCUUACACUCAACUGAAACAAUAGGAUUUUCUCCCUCUCCUGAGAAUUUGAAGUGACACACACAUAGUCAAAUGGAUGACAGAUGGAACCACAAGGUAGUGAUGAGGGCAGAAUAGCUUGGACAACCAUGUUAGGCAAUGGGCAUGAUGAAAAUGUGAAGGAAGCUAGAUGAAAGAGAGGCAGAUAGGUAAGAGAAAGAGGAGAGGAUAAUGACAAUAUGACUUCCAAGCAACGGAACAAAGCCGUGGUUCCUGACUGGCGAGGUCUACUCCUGUGACACUCAGCUUCAGAGAAGCUGUGUUUCUUAAGCCUGGAUUAUCAGCAACACUGUUUUACAACUGGUUGUGUCUUUACAAUACUACCGUUUCUCCAAAUAAGUCUGACUAGUUCUCUUUAUCCGUUAUUAGAUUUCCCUCACCAUAUAUAUUCUAAAAAAAAAAUACUCAUACAGUCAAGCUUAAAAAAAAUUUGUCAUUUAUUUUUAAAGGCAUUAAUAAAAAGCUUAACAUACUUAGAAAGUUACAAUAUACAAAUAUGUUCAGUCGAUAUUUUCACAGAUUGACUUUUCUGCACUAUGUGUGACUUUGAGUUUCUUUUAGUUACUCACAUUUCCACUGUUGAGUUAUUCAAACUGAUUAUUCCCUUGAAAUACAUGGCUGGUUAUCGAAGCAUGAGUCACAUGCAACAUAGGGCAAUGCAGAUGGCUAUGCCACCCAACCAACUGUUCAUGAAGAAAAGCAUGAAAUUUUAUUCACAUCAACCAUGGCGCAUCAAAAUACCAUUCUCCUUGGGAGAGAGCUGCACCUGAAUUUGGAGGGAAAAAGUGCAGAUAUAAUUAUGCAAUUUAAAAACUUAUUUUCUUAUAAAAAAAAAAGGAAAACAACACACUCACCAUGGUAAAUAAAACUAGAACAAAAGUAUGCUAAUAUAGACUUUAUGCAAUACUAAAUUCAAUCUUUAUGGGAUAAAUAAUUAGACUAAUUGUGAUAUUCAUUUGGAAGAGUAAAUGUGAAAGAUUAAAAAAAAAUUUAAGGAGCAUUGGUAUUUCAUCUGUCCUAACAGAAUUUCUUUUUCUUUUUUUUUUUUUUUAAAUUUUUUAAACGUUUAUUUCUUAUUGAGAGACAGAGACACACAGGGUGAGCAGGGGGAGGGGUAGAGAGAGGAGAGACACAGAAUCUGAAGCAGGCUCCAGGCUCUGAGCUGUCAGCGCAGAGCCCAACAUGGGGCUCGAACAAACUGUGAGAUCAUGACCUGAGCCCAAGUCAGCAGCCUAAGCAACUGAGCCACCCAGGCGCCCCGGUCCUAACAAUUUCUUUUUUAAAGUUUAUUGAGAGAGAGGGUCACCUGGGUGGCUCAGUCAGUUAAGCAUCUGACUUCAGCUCAGGUCAUGAUCUCGUGGUCUGUGAAUUCAAGCCCCGCAUCAGGCUAUGUGCACAGAGCCUGGAGCCUGCUUCCGAUUCUGUGUCUCCCCCUCUCUCUGCCCCUCCCAUGCCCAUAUUCUGUCUCUCUCUCUCAAUAAUAAAUAACCUUAAAAAAAUUAAAAAAAUUUUUUUUGAGAGAGCGAGUGAGCUCAUGUGCAAGUGGGUAGGGGCAGAGAGAGAAGGGGGAAAGAGAACCCCAAGCAGGCUCCACACUGUCAGUGCAGAGCCUCACAUGGGGCUCGAUCUCACGAAACAUGAGAUCAUGUCCUAAGCCGAGAUCAAGAGUAGGACGCUCAAAUGACUGAUCCAUUCAGAGCCCCAAAAGUACUGUGCUUUUAUGGAAUCCACGAGAAUCAAAGAAAUGAUAAACUAGAACAUAGUAAAAAUGUAUCUGAAAUCUAGAAUGAGUAUUUAUAAGAUAAACAUAUUCAGGUUCAUGCAUAUUAAUGAACAGUUAGCUGCAUAUAAAAAAUGUUAUCUACUUGGGCACCUGGGUGGCUCAGUUGGUUAAGUGUCCAACUUCAGCUCAGAUCAUGGUCUCAUGGUUUGUGGGUUCGAGCCCCACAUUGGGCUCUGUGAUGACAGCUCAGAGCCUGUAUCCUGCUUUAAAUUCUGUGUGUCUCUCUCUGCACCACUAGAGCUCAGUCUCUAUCAAAGAUAAAUACACAUAAAAAAAAAAGUUUAAAAAAAGAAAAAAGAAUGUUAUCUGCUUUAGGGUGUCUGGGUGCCUCAGUCAGUUGGGCAUCCAACUCUUGGUCUUGGCGCAGGUUAUGAUCUCAUGGUUUGGGGAAAUGGAGCCCCACACUGGGCUCUGCACAGACAAUGUGGAGUCUACUUGGGAUUCUCUCUCUCCCUCUCAUUGACUGAUUGGUAGAUAAAUAAAUAAAACAAUAAAUAAAACGUUAUCCACUUUAGAUACACACAGACAUACAUGCACAUGAAUGAAAUAUUGGGAAAAGAUGGAGUAAAAACUUGGGUUUGCUGUAUGUAAAUUCUCAAUCAAAUUGCUAACAAAGUUAUUUUCACUAUCUCUUUGUUCUAUGUAGACUGCUUGUAAAAUGACUUGAAAAGAAAUGCGUUCAAUUCUCAUUCAUGGUAGUUAUGUUCUAAAAAGUCACAACAGGGGGUGCCUGGGGGGCUCAGUCAGUUAAGUGGCUGGCUCUUGUUCUUGGCUCAGGUCCUGAUCUCAGGGUUGGUGAAUUAGAGCCCUAUGUCAGGCUCUGAGCUGACAGUGUGGAAUCUGCUUGGGAUUCUCCCUCUCUCCCUUUUCCUCUGUGCCUCCCUAUCUCUCUCUCUCUCUCUCUCUCAAAAAUAAAUAAAUAAUAAAAUUAACACUGUUGUUUAAAGUAAAAUAAAAUAAAGUCACUAAAAACAAUAAAUUCGUGAGUACUAAGCCAAUGCUCCUAGAAGAAAUACAAGGCUAGGUUCAGGCAAGCCUCUGGUCACAUUCUUAUCAAUUGACCAAUUCCUAAUCUUUUAAAAUGUGUCUUUCUGAUGAAAGACACGUUACUUAAUAUAUAUUGAUGUUACAGGUGACUUUUUUUUUUUUUUUUUUUUUUUAAGUAAUCUCCAUGCUCAACGUGGGGCUCAAACUCAUGACCAGUACAUCAAGAGUUGCAUGCUCUACUGACUGAGCUAGCCAGGCUCUCCUAACAUACUGAUGAUUCAUUAACACUGAAAUUACAGUCAAUGGCACUACCUGACUUUGCCUGAAUGGGGCUUACCUAACACAUAUAUUUUCCCUGUAAGGCACAUCACAGCCUUCUUGCACUUGGGAACACAAACCACAAUGUUUGGUGUCCACUUUAAAGAGUGAAAUCAAAAGGUGCAGAAACAUGAAUAACGUGGCACUAAAAAGACUGCGCAAAGGAUGCUUGUUUAGAGCAGGAGAUGACACAUGAAGACAGAGCACUGUUCAACCUCAGCUGAAAGUUAUCUGUGUCAGAGGAUUCACAUUUUUUGCCACUCUGCACUUGUCCAUGAAUGACGGCGAAAGCACUGUAAUUCUUGACUUGGGUAUGAUAGAUAAAUUUUGGCAAGCUGGCAAAUUUGCAAACACAUAGUCUGUGAAUGAGAACUGACUGUAGAUAAACUAUGAAAGACAAUUUAAAGUAAACACAAAUAUCUAAAACGAUAAAGGGAAAAUAAUCACACAGAUAUAGGAGAGCAAACAUUUCUGUCCAAAUGACAAGAACCACUACCAUCAAAAAGCAAGGUCAAAUAAAUGAUAAACUAGAAAGCAAGUAUUUGCAAAUCCUAUCACAAAGAAUUCUUGCAAAACAAAAAGGAAAAACAUAGAUCCCAGUUAAAAAGUGGGCAAGGUGAUACUCAUAGUUUCCAGUAAACAUAAGACAGAGCUCUUAAACACACAAAAAGAUGAACUUUACAAUAAUAAAAUCAAUAAAAAAAUUAUAAAUACAAUUAGAGGACUAUUUCUAACUAUUUGACCAUUAAUGAUCCAAAGGUUUCACAGAUUACUGAGUAAGAAUGUGGGAAACAGGAGCUCUCAAACAAUGUUGGUGAGAAUAUAAAUACAGUCUCUACUGAGAAGCAACAUGGAAAAAAAUCUAUUAAAAUUAUAGAUGGAGGUUCUCUUCAAUCUAGCAGUUCUAAUUCUAGAAUCUAAAUCCAGAUUAGAAUUAUAGAUUCUAUUUAGAGAAUUCUAAAGAUGUGUUCAUACAUCUACAGAAAGAAUUAUGUAAAAGAAUAUAACUAUAGCAUUAAAUAGCAAACAAUUGGGAACAACCUAAAAUUCCAUCCAAUUGAGCUCUUCCAUCCAAGAGCUCAAUUAGUACAAUUCUGUAUACAAAAAUAUCAUGCAAUUUUAAAAAAACAUUAAAAAAUUUUUUUUAUACGUUUAUAUUUGAUAGAUGGAGAGAGACAGAGCACAAGUGGGGGAGGGGCAGAGAGAGAGAGAGAAAGAGAGAGAGAGAGAGACAGACAGACAGACAGACAGAAUCCGAAGCAGGCUCCAGGCUAGGAGCUGUCCGCACAGAGCCUGACGCGGGGCUCGAACUCACAAACUGUGAGAUCAUGACCUGAGCCAAAAUUGGAUGCUUAACCGACUGAGCCACCCAAGCGCCCCAAAAAACAGAACAUUUUUAUAUACUGGCAUUGAGGAUUCUCCAAAAAAAUUCUGAGGAAAAAGCACUUACCUAAUAAAGAACAUUGUAUGAAUCACCUAUAAAAAUGAAAAAUUUAAAGAGUUGGAAGGAGUAAUCAUGAAACAUCUUAUCAGAUCUGUUUCAACUAUAUAUUAAUUUUACUGCCAACAAAUGUACACAGCACAACACAACCAAAUAAAAACGAAGGGUUUUGUUCUGUGAAGUCUCCCUCACAUUCUAGUCCUCUUCAGAGAUUACUUGAGUACAGCCCUGAGGCGACCCAUUAAUUCACACAGAGACAUGUAUGUAAAUGCGUUUACAUAAAUGGCAAGUAGCGUAACACAUUUCUGCCUCUAACUUUCUUCAUUUAAAAAUAUUUUCCUAUCAGAUUGCUCUAUAUAACAAGCAACAAUGUAGUUUUUUAAAAUAAAAUUAAAAGAAUGAUAGAAUACAAGGAUCCCCAUGCUUCUCCAGAGUUUUAGGCCACUGCUGUUUACCAAAGACUUACACUAGCAACAACUGUUUUCACUAAACAAAAAAGUCUGAAGGGGAUUUACCCUGUUAUGAAAAAGGCAAAGGGGUGCCUGAGUGGCUCAGUCAGUUGAGCGUCUGACUUUGGCUCAGGUCAUGAUCUCACAUGAUCUCAUGGUUUUGUAGAUUUGAGCCCUGAGGAGGCCGGAGCCUGCUUCGGAUUCUGUGUCUCCCUUUCUCUCUGCACCUCCCCCCGCUCUCACUCUAUCAAAAAUAAAUACACAUUAAAAAAAAAAAAAAAAAAAGUGACGUCAAGGGAGGAAACACGGAUUGUGCACAAAAUGCUAUGAUGAUAUCCGUAUCAAAUAUAGAUGAAUAUGGAAAAGUGUAAAAUAAUACAUGAAAAAAGAAUACUGUGAUAGACACACAGCUUAAUUAAUUU